GUGACUCAUUGUAUUCGAACACAAAGCACGAGUACCUGCCGUGUUUAAUGAACGUGUGAACAGUGGAGUUGAAACACAAGAUCUACAUAUCAUUUUGGGAAGGAAUUAUUGGAUUAUGUGUGUAUUCUUCAUCAGGUAACGAAAGAUAUCAAGCAAGGAAUGAUCACCCGUGAAAGGUAAUCGGUCGUCUGGUGACACCAUCCAGAGUCGAUCACAUCAUGGCGUCGGUGUAAACUUCCGAUCAAACUUGUUGAACCCAAGUACAACUGUCGUAUAUUCGGAUUAGUUGAUACGAUUCACUGUGAAAUAGUCCAGUAAGCACUAGCAGAGCCAACUGUCUGUUGCUCAUAUAUUGGCUGCUUUCUAGCGUGUGUCUCGAAGCCAGAGAGCACGGUUGCAUAUUGGACAGGAUCGCUGUGCAUAUAUCUCGUCUUCCUCGGCCUAAUCAAAUCAACAGUGGUAAAUCGAGCUUGUGUCGUUGAAAUCCCAAACAAACGGGGGAUGAUGUAAAUUGUGAAGAUGAAGACAGAAAGAUGGAGUUACACACUAAGCAACGGAUAUACAUGGAAAAAGUCACACAUAUUGUUUGUGAAAGUGGCUGUUUGUGUGUUGGCCAUUUUCACUUCAACAACAGUUUCACAAGAAGAGUACCCUCCCCAGCAGAUCACGGAACAGCCAGCCUCCGGUGACCCAAAACCGGAGAAUGUGAUCAAACGGCUGACCUGCCAGGCCUCGAGCUACCCGACGCCAGUGUACAGCUGGCUGAAGGAUGGCACCUUCCUGCUCCGAAACACCUCACAGAACGUGUAUGAGAUACCCAACCUACAGCGCAGCGAUGCGGGGGAGUACCGAUGUCUGGCUGGAAACAAGCUGGGAGCCUUCCUCAGUCAACCAGCCCAUGUUGUUGUGGCUUACAUGGAAAUGUUCCAACCGGGAAACACUGAGCCAAAAGAAGUCAAUGAAGGUCGGGCCAUCAUCCUCAACCUGCCCCCACUUGACAGUGUGCCUGACCCAGACAUCGACUGGAAGCAGAACAACUCCACCCUGUCUGCUGAGUCCAUCUACCAUCAUGUGACUCUCCAGAAGAACCUGGUCUUGUUGUCCAACUCCAUAUCUGAUUCAGGAAGACAGUUCCAAGCACGGGCUGUCAAUGGCUUCAGCGGUGCUGGCAGUCAAAGCCAGAGCCAUAUUUUUGUGAUCAAUAUAGUUGAACAUGGCAACCGAUCAGCUCACCUUCUCCCAGAGAUGAUAUCUCCACCAGUGUCUGUUAUAGCUAAUGAAGGGGACUCCGAUGUCAAAGUGGAGUGUGUCAUCAAUGCAAGACCUAUCAACUAUCUGAGUAUCAGCUGGUUUAAGGUGACAGAUGACUCCAGGACGGAGAUAGAACGUGGGGGCAGAUACUUGAUCAGUCCAUUCAAGCGAGUUCUGACGAUAAAGUCUCCAGUGAGGGCUGACAAUGGAGUGUAUGAGUGUGAGGGCAAACUGUCCAUACCUGGUGGCCCUCAGUACCCCAGCGUUACCAACAGGGCCAACAUCACCAUCAGAGAGCGCCCCCUCAUCACCCCGCCCUUGCCUACAACACUGGACAAGGACUUCAGUGAGACAGUGGAGCUGGUCUGUGAGGCGGUGGGGCAGCCUGCUCCCAGUUUUACAUGGUACUACAAUGGCAGAAAGGUCAAACUGCUCGGCAAUGCAAGAUACAGGGACCUGGGAAAUGGCACCCUGAUAAUUGAAAGCAUCGACUUGCCAGACAGUGGUGUGUUUCAAUGUAUAGCCAGUAAUGGGGCUGGGGAGGUGUCUGCAUCAACAUGGCUCAAAGUUAACAGUUCUCCACCCAGGUUUGUGACCUCUCCGCAGGAUCUGACUGUGGUAGAGACUAACGAGGCCCGGUUUCCAUGUGAAGUGACUGGAGCCCCCCAGCCUGUCAUCACCUGGAAGAAAGUGACACCGAGCGGUGAAGAGACAAUUUCGAGUGGUGGUCGCUUCCAGAUCCUUGACAAUGGCUUGCUACUGAUGGCUACUACCCUGAAGUCAGACUCGGCUGUCUACAGAUGUAUUGCCACCAAUAUCCGUGGCAAUGCCUCCGAAGAGGCCACCUUACAAGUCAUCAUCAAGACACAGAUAGUGCGUCCGCCACAGAAUAUCACUGCCAUCCUGAGUACCAGCGCAACCUUGGAGUGUGGCGUCACCCGAGAUGAAAAUGUCCAGGUUGUAUGGAAGUGGUACUUCUACAAGAAGCCGGACUAUGUGGAACAGCCAAUCAGCAACAGUGGUCGGCAUCUCAUCACGCAGCAGGGAAGCCUUAUCAUCAGCGGAGUUGCUGGUCAGGACAUAGGUCGCUACAAGUGUCAGGUCAUCUCACCAGGGGGCAAUGACAGCAGGGUAGCAACACUCAUGGUCAUUGAACUUCCCCGCCGCCCUGUAGUUCUCUCUGUUGUGUUGCAUGCAACCAAAUCAAACACGGUCACCAUCCAAUGGCGACCAGCUUAUGACGGUAACAGCCCCAUACAGCGGUAUAUCAUCAGCUACAGAGAUGAAGUCCAAAAUGGAAACAAUGAGAAUGCGAGAUGGGUGGUGUACCCAGUCAACAUCUCUCCUGACAAAACGAGUCAAGACGUAUCCGGUCUGCAGGCUGCCAGAUACUACAAGUUCAGGAUCAGUGCUGUCAACAGUGUUGGGGAGGGCAACUCUAGUCAGCCCAAACCAGAUCAAGCUCUACAGAUGCCUCCUCAACCACCAAGUUCUCCACCUAAAAAUUUCUACUGCUCCCCUCGUCCAGAUAGAGCUAUAUUAAUCCAGUGGCAGCCUCCAGAUGAAAGUACAUGGAAUGGUGCCCUUCUUGGUUACACCAUCAGCUACAAGAUCGCCAACUACCCCGACACGGCACUUCAGUUCCGUAAUGUGACAGGCCAAAGCAGCACGCAGUACCUCUUAGAUAACUUGGUAUACUACAGUCAGUACGAGGUGAAGAUAGCUGCCUUUAACACCAAGGGCACAGGCAACUACAGCAAUGCCUUCCUAGUAUGGACAGUAGAAGGUCGGCCUACGGCUCCACCAACAAAUGUAACUCUGACAUCUCCCAACUCUACCACACUGUUGGUCACCUGGCUACCGCCAGACCCUUCUCAGAUAAAUGGUGUCAAUCUAGGGUAUACCAUUGAGCUGAGACGGAAAACCAUCACACAGACAGAGCAGGCAGUGUUCGUUCCGUCUGACCCGAACAACCUGUACGACACUCAGGAGAAGUUGAUCUUUGAUCUCAGGAAGUUCACGGAGUAUGUUGCAACUAUCGUGUGCAGGACAACAGCUGGCCCUGGUCCUGCCAGCCCUCCACAAACUGCAAGGACACAGGAGGAUGUUCCUGGAGAAGUUGGUGACCUGAGAUUUGAUAACAUUCAAGACACCACGUUACGUGUGUCAUGGACUGUGCCUCUGAAGGUGAAUGGAAUCCUUCAAGGGUAUAAGUUGGUGUAUGAGAAGAAGAACCAGACAGCCACACGAACAGAAAUAGACCUCAUACCCAGCCUGUCAUCUUACACCAUCCAGCGACUCAUGCCGACCACGAUGUACCACAUCUCUGUUGCUGCCUUGACAAGGAAGGGGAUGGGGCCAUUUUCCUCAGCGGACAUUGCUUCUGGUGUACCACCAGAGCUCCCGACGGCCCCCUACAACCUUGGCAUUACCAACAUGCAGGCCCGGUCAGUGCUGCUGCAGUACCUGCCUGGCUCCAGUGGUAAGACUUCCAUAACCCUGUGGAUUGUGGAAGCUUGUGAAGGAACCAGCAGCACAUGGAGGGAGAUUUACACACGGAAUGAUCCUGAUGCUCGUGAGAUUCUGGUACAGAAUUUGCGGCCUUACACGCAGUAUAAACUGCGGUUGAUUGCAGAGAAUAUUGUGGGCAGGAGCAACGCUAGCUUACCCACAAGGAUCUUUGAGACAUUGCAAGAUGCUCCUGGUGGCCCCCCUGGCAAUGUGACAGUCAGGGCCUUGAAUUCUACAGCCUUCAGAAUCAGCUGGAUUCCUCUUCCCAGCAAGGACUGGAACGGAGAGCCCCAGGGCUACAAGUUGUACUAUAGGAUGAAAGAGAUUGACCCAACAGCUGACUUUACUGUGCUGCCCCUGGAGAAUGGCAUGAACAUGGAGAGCUUCAUCCUGGGCCAACUGCAGGAGUGGGUGGAGUACGAGGUCAAGAUGACCUCCUACAACGAUGUUGGAGUCAGCAGCCACAGUCCUGUGGCCAAAGAGAGGACGAGGGAGUCAGUGCCGAGUGCUAGUCCCAGCAGUGUGAAGGCUGUUGCUAAGUCCUCCACCAGCAUCAACAUCACCUGGGGCCAAGUGCCCCUCCUGCAGCAGAACGGCAUGAUACUGGGAUACAAGAUAAAGUACUCUGCCCCAACAGAAGGGAUAGAUGCCAAGUUUGAGGUGGUGGACCAUAACGAAACCACACACUUUCUCCUCAGCAACCUACGCAAGUUUGUUUCCUAUCAAAUUCAGGUUUUGGCUUACACAAGGAUGGGCGAUGGUGUCCUCAGCAAUGUGGAAACUGACAAGACUUUUGAAGAUUUUCCUGGUCCCCCUAUCAUAAUCUACUUCCCUGAUGUCACCUACUCCUCAGCUAAGAUUGUGUGGAGCCCACCCUCCGAGCCUAACGGCAUCAUCACCCAGUACAAGAUAGCCUACUCCAUCCAGGAGUCCAGUAACCUGAGCACAAUCGUGCUGCCAUCAGGGGUUCUGGAGCAUACAGUGUUUGGCCUCAUCAGAGAAACGUACUAUGUCUUCAGUGUUACAGCAAAGACAAGACUGGGAUGGGGAGAGACAGCCAAUGUCACAGUCUACACUAUGAAUGACAGGAGUCGUCCUGAUAGCCCCUCCACGCCAACAAUUGGUGGUUCUCAAGUGACAGCCCGUGAGGUGACAAUCAGCUGGAGUCCUGGCAAUGACAAUUACGGCCCACUUCGCAACUAUACCAUCCAGUAUCAGUCCUGCGGGGGUGACUGGACCACUGUUCCUGAUGCCGUACACCCAGACACCACCUCCCAUAUUGUUUCAAGAUUGCGCCCCAACACCUGCUACAAGUUCCGAGUGGCGGCCACAAAUGAUGUUGGUACCAGUGACUAUAGCAAUGCAUCUGCUGGAGUCCAUACUCUCUCUGCCAAGCCUGAGGGAGCACCAAGGAACUUGAAGGUGGCAGCAGUAACAACAACAUCUAUCAAUGCAACUUGGGAGCAACCUGAACGGAACACGUGGAACGGCCAGAUUGUAGGCUAUAAUAUCCAGUACCGCCAGCUCCAACUCCCAGACUAUCAGGAGGAGUCGGUACCAUUUGAACAAAAUAGUAUACUUCUCCAGAAUCUCAUUGUGUCGAUGCACUAUGAAGUGCGAAUCCUGGCCUUCAACGGAAUAGGUCAGGGCCCUCCUAGUACCCCCGCGACAAUAUACGUUGGAGAAGCGGCACCGACAGCACCCCCCUCAAAUGAGCAGGUCGCUGCCCAGAGCCCCUCGGUGCUUGUCGUGUCUUGGAACCCUCCACCUCCCAACACACAAAAUGGAGGUCUCUCUGGUUAUAAGGUGUUGUACUGGCUGAAUGGGACUCUGCCAUCUGAUGCGGAGCAGAUCAUUGUGGUGGAGAGCAGGGCGGAGCUGACCAGCCUGGAGACAUUCUCCACCUACUACAUGACAGUACAGGCCUACAACCUGGCCGGCGAGGGGCCCAAGACCUCCGUAUUCAGGGGCAGGACACUGGAAGGAAUUCCAGGUCCACCAGGUGCACUGAUGUUUACCAACAUCACCCUGACAAAGAUGACGGUGAAGUGGUCCCCACCAGCUCGCCCCAACGGUGUCAUUUUCAACUAUGAACUGGUCUACUUCCUACAGAAAGUAGAUGGAGAAACGAAGCUGGUGAAGCUGACCCUGGAUGGCAGUCAGCACCACAUCACCAUAGACAGCCUAGAGGAGAACAGCAGCUACACCUUCCAAGUCAGUGCCAGGACCGCCAAGGGUACUGGCAGCAAGACCAACGGCACUGUCAGCACAGGGCCUCAGCCAGGUUCCCCGGGGUCCCCGAGUGCUCCCACUUUGGAGGAGAAGGAGAAAUUGGUCAUCCUGUCAUGGGUCAAUGGGGCUGAAGGCAACACGGCCAUAUAUGGAUACAUGAUUCAAGCCAAAGCAGAAAGUAAGGAGAAGUACAGUACAAUCAUGCAGAAGAACUCCAGAGAAUCUACGGCCAAAGUAAGCUUCCAGAGCCUCACCCCCAACACAGAGUACACAUUCCGCAUCAUCGCCAUCAACUCUGAUGGAAUCAGCCCCCCCAGUGAACCCUCUGCCCUGAGGCGCACCCCUGGCCCAGAUCAGAGUUCUGUGGCAGCAGUAGGUAAACCCUUCCACUCCGAGUGGUGGUUCCUGGUCAUCAUUGCCCUGACUGGGGUCAUCGUCAUCCUCGUCAUCAUCUCUUUGCUUUGCCUCAUUGGACGAAGGAAGAACUCCAAAGACAAGAUGAAGCGCUCUGCCACCUCAACCACUGUGAUGUCAGAGCCAGCGGAGCCAGAAGAUGGAGGCUUUCCCUCGAUGGAAUUGACUCAACCAGUUUCAAGGCGCAGCUUGCACCUCAGAAAUGGCACUGCCAAGAAUAUCUAUGCAAGAUCGCCGCCGCGGCCUAGCCCUGCCAGUGUGACAUACUCCGAUGAUGAUGCUGUUGCUAAGGCUCCUCUUCCUGAUGAUGACUGCAGCAGCAUCACAGAGAAGCCGUCAGAUUUUGAGGAUUCUGAUGAACCAUCGGAUGAUGACAGCGAGUUUGAUGACAGCGAGAAGAGUCCAUCUUCUCCUCCCCCACCGCCAUUUGGUGGCGCCCAUUACGUCAACAAUGAUGUGCGGCAGUCCUGGAAAUACCCCACCAAUUCCAAUGCUUAUGCAUAUACUGACAGUGAAGCUGAGAGCAGCCAUUAUGGCAUAAGUUUACAAGGUGGACAUGUUCUCAGAGACAGGGACUUGCUCAGCAACCGUGCUGGGUCACGUGCGCCUGUUACAGGAUUCUCAUCAUUUGUAUGACGAAGACCUUUCUUCUUUAACACUUGUGUAUGUAUAUAUGUAGAUGUGUGCUUCACAAAGCCAAAUGAUCAAAGCCAGUCCCAAAUAAUGUGGGGAGGACCGAUGCUACCGAGAUGGUGCUGGUAGAGUCUGAGUGUGUUUGUGUUAUGGCUAUGUCAAGUACACAUUUGAGUGGACUGAUGCAGAAUACAGUCAUGUUGUGUGUUGUUGAGUCACAAGGUAGGAUAACUGGGAGUUUGUUACAGUUGUACAGAGUGAACGAGAAGUCAUUAGAAAUGAUUCCCUAGGAAUUGAAGCUUAAAGCAAAUGUCAAAAACUUAUAUAAAAUGAGUGAGUUCUUAUGUCAGUAUGAGACUACUGUGCGCUUGAUGAAGACAGUGAGGUAUGAGUGAUUGACUACCUGUCAGAAGAUUCUGAGACAUCAAAGAUAACAUCUUAAACGAUGCAUGGAAGAUAUCUCAGAAGAUACAUGGACACAAUUUUGAGGGAUAUAUGUGAACGAUAGUUGAGAAGACAAAUGGACACUAAUCAGAAGGAUAUGAAUGGACCAUAUCUCAGAUAACAGUCCAAUUUGCAACCUAUUCAAAGAGCAUGUGUGAAUAAAAGCUCAGACCCUGAUGUAGGGAUUAAUUCUGAGACAAUGGGCAACACAAUCAUCUUAGCAUGUGUGGAGAAAAUGUCAUAUGCUAUGUGGAUACUAACUCUCACGAUGAGUGUAUGCAAAUCCAUACAUGAUAGACGAACCAUCGGUGCCUCCUGUAAAUAUCUAGCCAUCUUUGUGUAUACUCAUUCAGAGGACAUCAUCAUUCCGACCAGUUCAUGUUGCAAAAGUAGGACCAAGGAAGUUGCCAGGAAACAGUUGCUAGGAGAUUUGUUGCUUGGACACACCUGAGGAUGUGUGUAUCCUGAACAGUCAUGCAUGUCUUCAGUACUACAACACUGAAUACAUGACAUCUCAUACACAUUUGUAAAUAACCAUUGAGUCACUCAUCAAGGUUGUGAUUUUAGUUUUCUCAUAUCAUUGUUAUUUUUACUUAUACAUAUUGCACAUAGUUGCCAUGGGUUUAAUGUGAAUGGCAGUUUGAUUCAGAUUACUAAUUUUAGAAUACCUAUAUUGAACAUUUUAGAUCUCACAAAUGUCAUAAGAUUUGUAUCAAGUCUACCUGUGAUACGAUGAAAGAAUACAUCAGGUGUCUCAAUGGAGUUGGAGGAGGAGUAACAUUCAUGGGUAUCCCCUAUUAUGAACUUUAACAUCAGAGUACUUUCCCCAAAACGGAUCUUUAUGUAUGUCAUAUAUUCGACUAAAUUCAAUCUCUUAGUGUGAUUUAAAAACGUUGUUUCAUAUAUCUGUACAAUCAAAUUAUUCUGUAUUCAUGAAUAUGAAUGUUAAGUUAAUUCUGAUGUAAUUGUGAUAGUGAGACCACAGUGGUUCGUUUGGGGAUACCCAGAAUUAGCCUUACAGUUGCCAGUUUUCUUGGAGUUGUCUCCCUUUGACCUACACGGUCCAAUUGUUGUAAGAUAAAACCAUUAGGGUGUGUUUGCUCAAAUAUAACCACAGAUACACAUAGAGUGAUAAAAUAUUUAGUGAGAAGACUUAUGUUAUUGUAAUUACUCUUGUCAUGUUCACUGAUUGUUCUUGAUUGCAGUUCACAAGGUUUCUUGGUUUGUUGCCUAAUGUGAAAUGGUAUUUGUUACCUCAAUGAGAUUAAAGUAUAAAAUGGAAAAUGUGUUCCUUGACACAUGCAGUGUGACUUUUUGCAAGAAACCUCUGAUUGUUUCAUGGUUUGUCAGCACCAUACCCAUGCUUGUGGGUUUCACCAAAGUGGUAAAUGUCUUAGACCUGCAUCACUUUGGGCUACCCUCCCACAUCCAGCUGACAGACUGGGAUAUUACUUCAGUACAGUUCAACCCAACUCACUGACUCCAAGGUAAUGAUAUGACAAUUUGUCACCAGAACGAUGUUGGGUGUAUUCAUUAGUACUUGGUUUAUGUAUAGUUACGCUAAACAAAUGACACAAAUGUGGACAGAAAUCAUCUUUUGUCAGGUUAUUAUUAUAGUAAUUUAUACACAUAAAAAUAAAUCAAAAGGUGGAUGUAACCAUUUGACCUGUCAUUCAUUCACACAACAACAAUUCUUUAAGUGAUCACUUACACAAAUAUAGUUUACUUCAACCAAUAUUUACACCAAGCAAUACAGAAUGGCCUCAGUUGUAUGUUAUGCCAAGUAGCCAUGAUAUUUCAUGAUGAUCUUUCCGAAUGAAACAUUGCUAAAUGUUAUCAUUUUCAGGAUGUAGUUUAUUCAAAAUUAAGGUAUGAAUAAUUUUUAACUAUUAUUGAUGUUUUGUUUCACAUGAUAACUACGUAAUGGAUUUUGUGAGAAUAGUUUCUUCUUCUCACUCUGCAUAUCUAUUGAAGGGACAUUAGAAAUAAUAUCCAUUCAAUUACCAUUUGAUUUCCUAUAUGUAACAGCAAUAUAUUACAGUUUGUUUUAUUCACAAACUGUGGUGUACAUGAACAAACUACAUUGCUGUUUGAAGUAUUAUUGUUACUUAAAUUAUUUAGAUUCUUAAUUCUUUUGUCUUUUUACUCUUUUCUCAUGACUUUUUUAUUUCUGAUAAAGUAUAUUCUGUCAUCGAUUCAUUGACAGUUGCAUAGACAUGAUAGAAACUGAUAUUUUUAUGCUCUAAGAGAAGCAAUAUUUUUACAAUAUAUGACCCGUGUUUAUAAGACAGUAGUAAUGGAUGGCUAGACUGUAUGAUAUGACUGUCAUGGUAAAUAGUAUCAUGUGAGUGGCUGUGUGAUAGCACAGUGGUUAGGGUGUUUGCUUGUCAAAUAGAAUGACCAGGUUUGACUCCUGAUAUCAGAUUCAAACUUGAUAAAUAUGAUGAAAUGUACAGACUCUUAAUAAUAGAAGUCAGUCAUGAAAUAUGAACUUCUUCAAUGAAUGACAUGUUUAAUUAAGUAUGUUUUCUGAAUAUUUAUCUGGAACUGUGUUUUUCUAGUUCUCCAAUUUUCAUUAGAAUUUUGCCAUAGAUAUCUUUCCUAAAUGUAAAUGUAGCUUCUAUGAUCCUUAUCUUUAUACUGUGUCAUUUUCAUAUGUCACAUCUUUCAUAUACAAAUGCUUGUAAGCGGUCUGGUAAAGGUUUCAGAUGCGAUACAGUACUGAAUAUGGCACAAAUGUUGUACAUGCAUAAAAUAUUACCAACUUCAUCAUUUCCUGUUUCUAUGUGGAUGAAACGAUGUUGAUUCAGCAUUAAAUUUUAACUCACUCAUAUCAGCAUUUCCAAGAUAUAGUUGUGCACAAGAAACUUUCUUUACCAUCAGUGCUGUACACUUAAGUUUUGAAGUACAUUUAAUGUUUGGACAAUAUCUCAAAGAAAUUAGUGAAUGAUUUUUUCUUCUUAAUUGUUAAUAACUGGUAAUCAAGGAUAAAUUAGAAGCCUGUUGUUUAUGCCUAUUCUAGUACAAACUUAUGUUGGUAUGAGUAUGGCUGCAUGUCAUAUUUGUUAUCUAAUAUAUUUCUUAAACAGACUUUACAGUACUUUUAUGUUUUCUAAAUAUGCACUCUUUACUUAAACAAUAGUCAAUACACUAUACUUAAAUAAUGGUCAAUAAUACCCAUGUAUAUAUAUGGGACAAAGAGCUUUUGGACAUAACUUUCUCUCAUAUAAAAAUCAAUGUAGGAAAUGAAAUUUGAACAAUGGCAAUUAUUCAUAACAGUUUGUACAUUGUAAUGGUGAAUAUAUCAUCAUGAAUAUAUGUCAUUAGCAAGUAAUUACAUGUUCCUAAUUAGUGCAAUAUGAUGAUUGUCCUGUCCGGUCUCUGUUGGAAGAAAACUAUCAAAUAUGAUUCCAUGAAAUAAUUCAGCAUUCCAUUCCCAGGACAUGGCUUCCUUUGAAAUACAACCUAGGAGUAUUAGGAUGAAAUAGUCAGAAUAUUGGAUUGGAGGAAGAUAUAUUCUUUUUUUGUCUAGAAUAAUCCAUAGUAGUGUUUUGUUUGAAAUACCUUUUGUAUGUAAUAUUGAAAACUGGUGGUUGUGAAAAAUGUGCUUGAGAGAAUGGAACAAUGCAUGAGCUGUUUUUCAUAUAAAUAAAUAAAAGACCAAUAAAUUGUCA